AUGACUGUACCAGACGAGGUUGAUAUCAUUGUCGUUGGCGGUGGAUCAUGCGGGUGUGUGGUGGCUGGCCGUCUGGCCAAUCUGGACCAUAACCUCCAGGUGUUGCUCGUCGAGGGUGGCGAGAGCAACCUCAACAACCCAUGGGUGUUCCGUCCGGGUAUCUACCCCAGGAACAUGAAGCUGGACAGCAAGACUGCCACCUUCUACUAUUCCCGACCAAGUGAAUGGCUCUUGGGACGUAGGGCCAUCGUGCCAUGUGCUCACAUUCUCGGCGGAGGAUCCAGCAUCAACUUCAUGAUGUACACGCGUGCGUCAGCAUCCGACUACGAUGACUUCAAGAUGAAGGGUUGGGAGACCAAGAAUCUCAUUCCCUUGAUGAAGAAGCACGAAACGUACCAACGUGCCUGCAACAACCGUGACAUUCACGGAUUCGAAGGCCCAAUCAAAGUCAGCUUCGGAAACUACACCUACCCCAUCAUGCAGGACUUCCUGAGGGCAGUCGAGUCUCAAGACAUCCCCGUCACGGAUGACUUGCAGGAUCUGGUCACCGGCCAUGGUGCUGAGCACUGGCUCAAGUGGAUCAACAGGGACUCUGGCCGUCGGUCUGACUCGGCCCAUGCCUACAUCCAUUCCACUCGCCAGCACCACCAGAACUUGCACCUUGCCGUCAACACCAAGUGCGAGAAGGUGUUGCUCGAGGGCGACCGCGCGGUGGGCGUCAGGACCGUGCCGACCAAGCCUCUUCACCCCAACGAGAAGAAGUCCCGCGACUUCAAGGCUCGCAAGUGGAUCAUCGUCAGCGGCGGCACGCUCAGCUCGCCUUUGAUCCUCCAGCGCUCCGGCAUCGGUGAUGCCGAGAAGCUGCGCAAGGCCGGUGUCAAGCCUCUCAUCGACCUUCCAGGUGUCGGUCUCAACUUCCAGGAUCAUUACCUGACCUUUGCCACCUACCGUGCCAAGCCGCAUGUCGAGUCGUUCGACGACUUUGUGCGUGGCGACAAGGAGACGCAGGAGAAGGUGUUUGCCCAGUGGAACAUCAACGGUACUGGCCCGCUGGCGACCAAUGGUAUCGACGCUGGUGUCAAGGUGCGACCGAACGAGAAGGAGCUGGAGGAGUUCAAGAGCUGGCCAUUCCCAGAGUUCAUCUCGGGCUGGGACAGCUACUUCAAGGACAAGCCUGACAAGCCCGUCAUGCAUUACUCCGUCAUCGCCGGAUGGUUUGGUGACCACAUGCUCAUGCCUCCGGGCAAGUUCUUCACGAUGUUCCACUUCUUGGAGUAUCCAUUCUCCCGUGGCUUUACUCACAUCACGAGCGCUUCGGCGUACGAUGCUCCUGACUUCGAUGCCGGCUUCAUGAACGACAAGCGAGACAUGAUCCCCAUGGUGUGGGGCUACAUCAAGUCGCGUGAGACCGCUCGUCGUAUGGACGCGUACGCCGGAGAGGUCACGGGCAUGCAUCCCUUCUACCGCUACGACAGCGCAGCCCGCGCCAAGGACAUGGACUUGGCAACGACGAAUGCAUACGCCGGGCCCAACCAUCUCACUGCGAACAUCCAGCACGGAUCCUGGUCGAUCCACAGUGAUGAUGGGAAGCCGCUCGAGAAGAACAUGCUCAACAGCAACCAGCAGACGGUCCGCGACGACCUGGUGUACUCCAAGGAGGACUUGUUGGCUGUCGAAGAAUGGGUCAAGCGCCACGUUGAGACUACCUGGCAUUCGCUCGGCACGUGCUCCAUGGGCCCGAAGGAGGGCAACAGUGUCGUCAAGCAUGGUGUGUUGGACGAGCGCCUGAACGUGCACGGAGUCAAGGGCUUGAAGGUGGCCGAUUUGUCGGUCUGCCCCGACAAUGUCGGCUGCAACACCUACAGCACGGCGUUGUUGAUUGGCGAGAAGUGUGCCGUCUUGACGGCCGAAGAUCUCGGGUACAGUGGUCGUGCGCUUGACAUGAAGGUGCCAGACUACGCGGUGCCGGGCGAGUACGUCGGCUACGCUCGUUUGUGAGUGGGGCCCUGGAUUCGCUGGUCGGAGGAAGUAGGCCAGAUUGUGUUUCAUCUUUCGAACAUAACUGCGAGAAAUCAAAAUGGAGUUGCCUGGGCAUGAUGUUUCUUUUCGUGUGGAUGAAUGGAGAUGAUGUAUUUUCACGUAGGCCAUGGCAUGGGGAGUUGAGGCGGUGUCAAAAGAGUGAAGUGAAGU